GCUCCCUGUCACUCCAUGGCCUCCAGGGAUGUCCUCAAGUGGAAGGUGGUGGUCGGGGCCACAGAUCUGGCCCAGCCCGGCCCCGCAGCCGAGGUGUUCCAGAUCAAGCAGAUCCUGAAGCACCAGGCCUACGACGAGGUCACGGCCAGGAACAACAUCGCGCUGCUGGAGCUGGACCAGCCUGUGGCGUGCAGCGACUACAUCCAGCUGGGCUGCGUGCCCGACGGCUCCCUGGCGGUGCCCGAGCUGAAAACCUGCUACAUCGCGGGCUGGAGAGCCACCCCGGACAGCGCCCCCAGCCCUCGCCUGGUGCUGCAGGAGGCCAAGGUGCGGCUCAUCGACGUCCAGCUGUGCAACAGCAGCCGCUGGUACGGGGGGGCCGUGCACCCCCAGGACCUGUGCGCGGGGUACCCGCGGGGCGGCAUCGACACCUGCCAGGUGGGGCUGGGCCCGGGGCUGGGCACAGGGACCCUGAGCCCCAACAGGGCCCCGUGGGACCCCCAGAGCCAGCACAGGGACCCUGAGCCCCAACACGGCCCCGUGGGACCCCCAGAGCCAGCACAGGGACCCUGAGCCCAGCCAUGGCCUGGCACCGCCUGGGCCUGGCCCGGUGCCCUCCCAGCCCCGUGUCCCCACCACUGGCGGCUGUCCCUUGCCCAUCCCCGUGUC